GGGCCCGAGGGGGCCCAAGGGAGGGGGAGAGGUGGUUGGGUUGGUUGUCGAAUGGGCAAGAAGUAGACCUACAAAUAUGAACAGAGAGUCGGAUUCGCAGUGGUCAGCCUUCGUAAUCGGAUCACCAGGCAAGUGAAGACCAUUCACUUCGCCGACAGGUUGCCGUAGACCUCUCUCUCUCUCCCUCUCUCUCUCCCAACAGUCGUAGCCAUGGCCGCCACCGCUGCCGUUGCCGCUGUUUCGGCGCCGAGCACGUUCGCCGGCCAGACCGCCCUCAAGGAGAAGAGCGCCCUGAGCGAGAAGGUUGGCAAUGUCGAGGCUCGCGUUGUCAUGAGAAAGAGCGCCUCCAAGUCUGUGGACAGCAUCUGGUACGGUGCCGACCGCCCCAAGUACCUUGGCCCUCUCUCCGGCGAGACCCCUUCUUACUUGAGGGGAGAGUUCCCCGGUGACUAUGGCUGGGACACCGCUGGUCUGUCYGCAGACCCCGAGACCUUCGCRCGCAACAGGGAGUUGGAGGUGAUCCACGCCAGGUGGGCCAUGCUCGGYGCCCUUGGCUGCCUCACCCCCGAGUUGCUGUCCCAGAGCGGAGUCAAGUUCGGCGAGGCUGUGUGGUUCAAGGCCGGAGCCCAGAUCUUCGCUGAYGGUGGCCUCGACUACCUGGGCAACCCCAGCCUGAUCCAUGCUCAGAGCAUCUUGGCCAUCUGGGCCUGCCAGGUGGUGCUCAUGGGCGCCGUCGAGGGCUACAGAGUGAAUGGUGGCCCUCUUGGUGAGGUGGUUGACCCCCUCUACCCCGGUGGAAGCUUCGACCCCCUGGGCCUUGCUGACGACCCCGACACCCUCGCUGAGCUCAAGGUUAAGGAGCUCAAGAACGGYCGYCUGGCYAUGUUCUCCAUGUUCGGCUUCUUCGUCCAGGCCAUCGUCACCGGCAAGGGCCCUCUUGAGAACCUCAACGACCAUCUGGCCGACCCUGUGGCCAACAACGCCUGGGCCUAUGCUCAGAACUUCGUCCCCGGCUCUUAGAGACCUCGUCCUGGUGCUGAUCCGAAAAUUUUCUUCUGCCUAGCCUCGGCUUGCCUCGGCCUGGGCUUCGCUCCCUGGCUUUGGCAGGGCAGGCAAGGCCUGUAUGUACUGGCUCAUUUUAUUGUAAAUGAUUAAUAAAAGAUAAAAAGUGAAGGCUUUUGAUCCAGAUUUCUCUCUCCAUGGCCGGGCAAGGUGGCUCGGCAGAGCUUGUUGCAAUCUUUCCAACACAAUGUCAUGUCACUCAGUGUCUCUCUGGUUAUACCAAUUGUGUGCCUCGAAUGCACCUCGCUC